CCCCCCCCCCCCCCCCCCCUCUCCAGGUGUCUCGACUCGUUCACUGAGCAUCGGUCCGAUGGAGUGAAUCACGCCGCAGCGAAGCAUGGAGCCCACGGACGAAACGGCGAGCAAAGCGGUCGACAUCUAUCGCGACACAUGGGUCCGCUUCCUAGGUUACGCCAACGAGGUUGGGGAGGCUUUCCGCCCCCUGGUGCCGGUGAGCUUGGUGCGGGGCAGCUACGCCGUGGCCACCGCUUACGUCACCGCUGAUGCCGUCGACAAAGGGAAGAAAGCUGCUGCGGCGCACGCGGACGAGCCGGGCCAGACGACGCGGGUGGCGGCGGCGGUGGCGGACACGUUCGUGUGGCAGGCGCUGGCCUCCAUCGUCGUCCCGGGUUUCACCAUCAACCGGGUUUGCGCCGUGACGCUGCACCUGCUGGGCCGCAGCACCAGGUUGCCCCUGCCCGUGCGCAAGUGGACCACCACGGCCGUCGGCCUCUCGAUCAUCCCUUUCAUCAUAACCCCGAUCGACAGGUCUGUGGACUACUUGCUGGAUUCGAGCCUUCGGAAGGUCUACGGUCACGGCGAGAAACAGGAAUAACGAGCGACAAGGCACCAAAGGAUUGCGUGGCGCCAUAAAGUAAAGGGAUUUUAUAGUAGAUCUUUAAAUCGUACUGUAUAACACUAUGCAGGAGUAUUGCUGUAUUAAUAUGACAUGAAUAUGACGAUCAUCUUUUAUUCAUGUUACACGGCAGGGUUGUACUUUGCUGUAAGUGAGCAUAAAGCGGGGUACACGCAUACUGAUGACAGGGUAAUUGUCACAUUUUUCCUCUUUUACGAUCAGAAAAAGACAAAUUGGGAGAUGUCUGAAAGAUGAUCGUGAAUGAGGUCAGAAACUGAACGUUAGCCAGUUCAGCUCAGUUAUACACGCGUCCAGAACCGGGCCAAAUUUGAGCCUUUUUCAUGGCGUUGAAGCAUUUUUUUCUUUUUUUUUUUCAUCUCCAACUUGCUGGGAAAAUGGUCGUGACUGACAAUAUCCCAAAGUAUUCGGUACUAUAUGUACGUAAUGUGUGGUCAACAUCUCCACAAUAAAAAUUAGAUGAUUGCGAUGGCAAUGUCCUGAUCAACUAUGGAAGUAGAUUUAGUGCCAUCAGGAUUUUAAUUUGAAAUGCCAAAGAAAACAGGAUUUGAAUUUGAAAUCACAUUUUAAGUAGUUGCUACAAUUCACCGACUGUGCCACCAGUGAUCUGAAAUUGACACUGCCUAGUGGCACAGACGGUGAAUUUUAGACAGCGAAUUGUAGUUACGAUUAAAAAUGUGAUCAAUUUACAUUUCAAAUACAAAUCAUGUUUUCUGUGGCAUUUCAAAUUCAAAUCCUUUUUCACUUCACAUUUCAAACUCAAAUACUGGUGGCACUGAUCUCCUUCCAUAUUAACGGUUAAGCUAGUUUCCAUCUAUUUCUUCUUCUUGUGUGACUUUCCGGUAAAUUGGAUGUCCAAUGACACCAUGCUGCACCCCUGUGGUCAGUUUUGUUACUACAAAGAGCAUUGUGACUUUUACAAGACUAGUUUUUGGUAUGCGUGUCCCUCGCCUUGAGCCAUAAAUUGUGUUCACCACCUUGUUCCUCACAAUUUUAAAUUGUCUGGUACCCCCCCUCGGAUGCACUUUGAUUCUACCGAGUUGUAAGCCAUGGGAGCCAUUGAGCAGUGCACUAGGAAGAUGAUUUACUCCCACUUUUUGCGACGCGGUACUGUAAAUGCGGGAGUCCUGACACGUAUUGCUAUUUAAUCUGUUACCGACGCACAACUUUGCCGUUUUCUGUAGAGAAACACUUGUUAAAUGGAGGGUGCGGAAACUUAUGAGCUAUGCAAGGGAAUCGCUGCCGUUUAGCAGCAAGGGUAUUCAAUAUUGAGUGUUUUUUUUUUUUUUUUGGUCUUAUUAGCAAUAACUGUCACUUUUUGAGUUUACAUUUAUUACAUGUUUCUUUCGGUGCUGGGGGAAGAAAAGCAAGGAGGCCUAAGGGAUCGCUAAUGGUACUGUGUUUAUAUACAGUUAACAUUUCAGGUUUUACAUGUAGUAGUUUUGUUGGAACAUACAUAAAUAUAUAAUAUAUAAAGUAUUUGGGUUGAGAUGUGGGAUGGGUUAAGUCUGAGCAAUAUUUUAGAGCAAUAUUUUCCUCUGAACUGAAUAUUAAAGCCUCUCUCGUCGUAGUGGACCCUCCCUCCCACACGCUUUUACUGUUUGCAACACUGGAAAGAGAAAAAAAAAAACUUGGAACUGUUGUGAAAUAAAUAUUACAAUGAUGUGC